GACUGGCGAAACUGCACUUUCCAAGUACUUCUCAUUUGACUUGGAGGCGGAGGUGCAGGGCAUGUGUAACAGUAGUGACGUGCACCGCUGCCGCUGUGGUGGAGAGAGCGGUGCAGGGAAAACAGAGAGUACGAAGCUAUUGUUGCAGCACAUAAUGAACCUAUGCAAAAGCAACUCGCAGCUGGAGCAGCAGAUCCUUCAGGUAAAUCCGUUGCUUGAAGCUUUUGGCAAUGCCCAGACUGUGAUGAAUGACAACAGCAGCCGCUUUGGAAAAUACAUACAGCUGCGUUUCCAGAAGAAUACAGUGCGAGGUGCAAAGCUGAGUGAGUACCUGCUAGAGAAGUCACGUGUAGUGCAACAGGAUACUGGGGAGAGGAAUUUCCAUAUCUUCUACUACAUGUUUGCUGGACUCUCUUCGGAGGAAAAGGAGAUGUAUGGGCUAUUGGAUCCUUCACUCUACAGGUACAUAAGUGGACGAUUUGGUACACAGGAUGUAGCUCAGCACUGGAAGCACAAAUACCAAGAGGUGUGCAAUGCCCUUGACAUGGUGGGCUUCCAAGAACAGGAGCAAGUGGACAUGCAGGCUAUCUUGGCUGGUGUGUUGUCUCUGGGCAACGUGACCUUUGAGCCUGAGGAGAGCACUGGGUCUGUAAAAGUGAGUGAAGCCUCCCGGGGAUGGCUGCAGGCUGCAGCGGGUCAGUUUGGAGUCCAAGAAGAUGAACUUUUAAAAUGCCUUAUUUGUACAAUGUCAGUGACCCGAGGCGAGCAGAUUCAGCGUUUUCACACCCAACAGCAGGCAGAAGAUGCUCGGGACUCCAUUGCAAAGGUGGCAUAUGGCCGAGUAUUUGGCUGGAUCGUUUGCAAAAUCAAUGAGCUGCUGGCUGAGAACGUGGAUCCUGAGGUGGAACUGAGGGAGAUAGGUAUCUUGGAUAUUUUUGGAUUUGAAAACUUUGCAGUGAAUCGUUUCGAACAGCUUUGCAUAAACUUGGCCAAUGAGCAGCUGCAGCACUUCUUCAACCAUAAUCUGCUCCUGGCCAAGCCACUUGGGCUCCUGUCUCUUCUGGAUGAGCAGAGUGCAUUCCCUCAGGCAACUGAUAAGACAUUCGUGGAUAAACUAAACAGCACCUUCAAGGGGAAUUUAAACUUCCAGCCAGGCCGAGGCCAUGUUUUGGGCUUCAGUAUCAUUCAUUAUGCUGGGAAAGUACAAUAUACUGCUGGGGGCUUUCUAGAGAAGAACAGAGACACCUUGCCAGCCAACAUCCGUGGGCUCUUCAUCAACAGUGUGACCCCCUUGCUCAGUCUGCUGUUCACAGGCAAGUCCCUCUGCUAUGAUAGGGUCAUACCAGGAGCAGCUGAUAAGUUCAACAGCACACGAAAACAGUCUGCCGGAGCUCAGUUCCGGCAUUCCCUGAUGGUGCUCAUGGAGAGGAUGUAUUCUUCCAGCCCGCACUUUGUGCGCUGUAUAAAGCCCAACAGCCAGAAGCAGCCAGGUAUGGUGGACAACCAGGUGCUGCUGCUGCAGCUCCGGUACAAUGGACUGCUGGAGACAAUCCGUAUCCGAAGAAAUGGUUUCUCCUGGAGACCCUCAUUUAAGGAAUUUGCUGAAAGGAAGUCACGACUUUUCUUUAAAUAUUGGCACCAGGAACAGCUGGCAAAGUAUGUGGAGCGACUGGAAAGAGCAGCAGUUGUCAUACAGAAAGUUUUCAGGGGAUUCAGAUACAGGAAGAGUUACCUAAAACUGGUGGCUGAGCUGAGAGCUCAGGCACAGCGGCUACAGGAGGAGGCAGAGCGAGAAAGAAGCCGGCAGCUGGCAGCGGAAGCAGAGGCUCGGAGUGAGUUGCUCCCACUCCCACUGCCCCUGUGCGUGGCCACUCGUGCGAUGAUCACCUCAAAGUGCUGUAAGCUCCAGUUCACUCCUUUUGAUAACUUCUUGGACCCUUCUGCGCCUCGCCCUGUUCUGGGGACAGAGGAACAGACUGGAGAAGAGGCAAAAAUGAGGAGACUCAAGAGAGGAGCAACUCUCCGCUGGUUCAAAGAGACGCAGGCCCAGAAGGUCAUGCAGGAUGAUGGGGCCUUUCCAAGCUGGCUUCAUGGAAUGAUCAGCCGGAGGGAAGCUGAAAACUUGCUGACUGACAAGCCUUUGGGUUGCUUCCUUGUUCGGAUCAGCCAGAGCCGACCGGGCUAUACCUUGACGUACAGGGGUGAAGGCCGCUGCAGACACUACAUGAUCGAGAUGCAGCCCAAUGCACGCUAUGUCAUCCUGGGGGAAGACCGGGCUCACGCCUCGCUCACUGAACUGAUUUGGUAUCACCAGACCGUGGGCAUCCAGCCCUUCAUGGAGAUACUGACCGUUCCCUGCGGGCAGAAAAGUAGUGAGAGUUUAGAUUACGAAGAUCCAGAGUGCCUGGGGCUGGGUCCACCAGCAGCCAAGGGGGAAACCCCUCCAGAGGAGCAGCUCCGCGCCUCCAGUCCUUCCACCAGCGAACCUACUCUGCAGUCAGGAGCAGCCACAGUUCGCAGAUGCAUGUGGUUCAGGAGGACCAAGAACUGCCAAAACCAACAAAGCCUGGACAAGAUUCUCUUCCACUCCCUUGAACACUUCUGGACAGAUGCUGUCAAGCUCUCAGUCAGCACUGAGGAUGUAGAGCCCAAGUGA